CGAUAGUUGUCUGAAAAGGGAUUUUUUGUUUUGUUGUUAAAGGGAUUGUUGAGGAAAAACAGUCUAAUGGGUGAGAGGAAAAGAAUGUGACAAGUGCAGUUAGUGUGUGUGUGUGUGCCCAGCAGUGCUGCUCGCGCUGCUGCACCUGUCCCUCUCUGUCUCGCGCGCCCAAACUCGGCAGGCAGGCUCGCGCGGAGGGCGGGCGUUAUCCAGUCCGCGGCGCACAACACGGUCAGCCUGAACAUGACUUCGUCCUACAAUCUGGAUUUUCUACCCGAGAUGAUGGUGGAGGGACGAUUGUUGAGCGCCGGAGAGAGGAUUAACGGUACAGCUGGGAAGAUGAAUGGCGCCCUGGAACACUCGGACCAGCCUGAUCCGGACGCCAUUAAGAUGUUUGUGGGUCAGAUCCCUCGCUCCUGGUCCGAGAAAGAGUUAAAGGAGCUGUUUGAGCCGUAUGGAGCCGUCUACCAGAUCAACAUACUGCGAGAUCGCAGUCAGAACCCACCACAGAGCAAAGGGUGCUGUUUUGUCACAUUCUACACACGGAAAGCUGCCCUGGAGGCCCAGAAUGCACUGCACAACAUAAAGACCUUAACUGGGAUGCACCAUCCCAUACAGAUGAAGCCCGCAGACAGUGAGAAAUCAAAUGCGGUGGAGGACAGAAAGCUGUUCAUCGGCAUGGUGUCGAAGAAAUGCAAUGAGAACGACAUCCGGGUCAUGUUCUCUCCCUUCGGACAGAUCGAGGAGUGCCGCAUCUUGAGGGGACCAGACGGACUCAGCCGAGGAUGUGCGUUUGUCACGUUUUCUACCAGGGCUAUGGCACAGAAUGCAAUCAAAGGCAUGCAUCAGUCUCAAACCAUGGAGGGCUGCUCCUCCCCCAUGGUGGUGAAGUUUGCCGACACGCAGAAGGAUAAGGAACAGCGGCGGCUGCAGCAGCAGUUGGCGCAGCAGAUGCAGCAGUUGAACAGCGCGUCUGCCUGGGGCAGCCUGACCGGCCUGACCGGCCUCACCCCACAGUAUCUGGCAGUAAGAGGACACACCACGCCCACCAGCAGCACAGCCAGCGCAGCCGCCGCAUUGCUCCAACAAGCGACCUCCUCCAGUAACUUAGGAGCGUUCAGUGGUAUUCAACAAAUGGCAGGUAUGAAUGCUCUGCAGUUGCAGAAUCUGGCCACUCUAGCAGCAGCAGCGGCUGCAGCGCAGAGUUCGGCCAGCCCGUCCACUGCUAACGCCCUGACCUCCAGCACAGGGUCCCUGGGAGCCCUGGCCAGCCCAGCAGGUUCCACGGCUAACUCCGUGGGUGCAAUGGGUUCCCUGGGUUCUCUGGGAACACUGCAGGGUCUGGCCGGGGCCACCGUGGGCCUCAAUAACAUAAAUGCACUAGCAGGUAGCGUCAACAUUGCUCACAUGCUCUCAGGUAUGGCAGCUCUGAACGGCGGGCUGGGCAGCACGGGUCUGAGUAACGGGUCGGCCGGGCCCAUGGACGCUCUCACACAGGCCUACUCAGGGAUCCAACAGUACGCGGCUGCCGCCCUGCCCACCCUCUACAGCCAGUCCUUACUGCAGCAACAGAGCGCUGCGGGCAGCCAAAAAGAGGGACCUGAAGGAGCCAACCUGUUCAUCUACCACCUGCCACAGGAGUUUGGGGACCAGGACAUCCUACAAAUGUUCAUGCCUUUCGGAAACGUGGUGUCUGCCAAAGUCUUUAUUGACAAACAGACCAAUCUGAGCAAGUGCUUUGGUUUCGUCAGUUAUGACAAUCCCGUGUCAGCGCAGGCCGCCAUUCAGGCAAUGAACGGGUUUCAGAUCGGCAUGAAGCGUCUCAAAGUCCAGCUCAAGCGCUCGAAGAACGACAGCAAACCGUACUGAUCUUAGCACUAGGGCCUCUCUCAUGUUACACUGCUAGGCUAUUAUUGGUAUUUUUUUAUUUUUACUUUGGGUCAUGUGUAAAUUAUUCGAUUUUUUUUUUUUUUUUAAGUAAAUAUUUAUACAGUGGCUAUUUCAUUCUAUGAUGAUAACAACAGCAGAAAGGAACGAUGUAUAAAGUAUUAUUUGUUUCUCUUUGCGAACCUGAGGCUUGUAAAGACAAGUGGAGAAGGUUCCGAUAUGAUUAAAAGCACCAAUAUGCACAUUAACCUUUGCCCUUUGGCCUCUGGUGUCGGUUCAGGGCUUUGCUGCUCCUUCGAACCCUUGGCCCACUGGCACUAGAGAGGAAAGGGUUAAACCCGCUGUGGCCUCUCUGUAGUCAACGGCAACAACUGCCUAAACAGCUUCCUCAACAAAUACUUGCCGUCAAAUGUUCAGUGAUUUUUUUUCUUUUUAUUAUUCUUUUUUUUUUUGUCAGUUUUUAGUUGUUGUUUUUUUUUGUUUGUUUGUUUUUUUGUGUCUUUUUAUUUGGAAGAAAAAAAAAUAGUCCGACUUUUAUGCGUCAGAUGAUUGUGGUCUUUGUCCAACUGAAUUUGUGUAGAGCAUUAAAAAAAGAUUUUGAUCUGUCGAUGGUUAAACAGAAUAAAUCAUUCUAGGUUCUAUGUGGAGGGGCGGGGAACUGAAAACUUGACGUUUAUCGAAAGAAAAAAAAACUGAAAUUGCAGAAAGCCACAGGCCUGUAAAUUUUAUUUGUAAAAAAAUGCAGUUCUAUUUUUAUACAAAAUUUCUACUGCCUCUGAAGUAAAGGACUUUAUUUAUUAUCUUUUAAGUUAUUGGGUUUGGAAAGUCGUGCUCUCUCUAUCCUGAGCCUCGUCAGCUAGUCUUCUUAAACCAUACAAACCACACGCGUGAGGAGAUCACGUACAAAACCCCCUAGUUUUCUUUCUUUCUUCCUUUCUUUCUUUCUUUCUCUCACCAUUUCCCACAAUCCCAUCUGUCACGUCCCCAUCAUAUCUCUGUCUCGACUCUCUCUUCCUCUUCUCUCUUUGGUCAUAAGUAGUGGCACUUCAUAAGUGAAAUCUCUCUUUUUCGUUUCGUUUCAUUUCGUUUCGUACUGUUUGGUUUUUGUUCGUACGCUCAAAAAAAAAAAAAAAAAAAAAAAAACUUAAUAGUUUCUCCCAAACGGCGAUCCAUCUGCGGUCUCGGAUCGGAGAUCGGACCAGGAUGGAUACUUUUGGGUGUGUGUCUGUAUGGAGGAGAUUUGAGUGUGUGUUUGUACUCUGUGAGUGAGUGCCUCAUUUACAUGUACGUGUUGGCAAUCUAUUCCAAUUUUGUGUAUUGUACGACUUAAAAAAAGAAAACAGUUAAAAAUGCUAAUGUGAUGUUGGUGAAACGCUGGUUGAUAGCGCUGCUGCUGCUGUUUGUUUGUUUGUUUUGUUUGUUUGUUUGUUUGUUCUCAUGGUUUAAUGAUGUUAGUUGUGUGCCGGAGCUGUGUGUGUAACUCUCCUCUCCCGUUUUCUUCCCUAGAACUCAUCUCCAUGACUCUAUGCUCAUCGUUUGCCUAGCAUGUCUACGUGGCGUACAAAAAAAAAAAAAAAAACGUCUCAUCGUCCCGUCAUUGUUUCUGAUGUCUUUCUGAGUUCUCCUGCUCAUAAUCUGGUCUCCUUUUACUGAUCUUUGUACUUUGAUCUUAGCCUGAUCUUUUUGGAAAAAAAAAAUUUCGCAUGUGACCUCAUUUUGAGCUUUUUUGCCUGUUUUUGUUUGAAUUUUGUUUUGUUUUGUUUUUGUUUCGAUUUAACUGGUGAGGGAGGGAAGGAAGGAAGGGAGGAAAGACAAAAAAAACAGUAAUAAUAAUAAUGUGAAAACGCUGCAUUCACACUCUAGAGACAGAGUAUAUUUACUAACAUAACCAGAGCAUCAUUUUAAGAAAACAGAAAAAAAAAAUUAAAAAAAAAAUCCUGUGGCAAAUCAAUUACGAAUAUUUGCGUUUUACUUUUUUUUUAAUUCUUUUUCUUUCUUUUUUUUUUUUGUCUGAUUGUUUUUUUCUCUCUUUUUAUGUUGUGUUGUUGUUGUUUUCUUUUUCAUUCAUUUAAAGUAAACUUGAACGUUCAAUACAGGGAUUGGCGUUGGGACUUACUGUUGGCAACACUCUUAUUUUGAGGCCUGCCGUAAGAAACCCGCGCUGGUUUCUAAACGAAUAGACUACUUCCACGCAGUUUUAAUAAAAGAAAAAAAAAAAAAGCUGCCUGAUCGAUAUUAGAAUCUCUCAGAGCUUGCUCGUGGUUUUUACAUUUUUCAGGCAGUGUAAAGGUUUUUGAUAAGGCCAUUUUAAGUGGCUUGAUUUCUCAUUAAAGUCUAUAUAAAACCACUUUUUUCUAGAGUAGUAAAGGUAUUAAGAAAAAAAAAACACAUAUACACACACACACACAUACACAAGAUUGCCCUGUUUGGGGGGAGAUGCUACCUACGUGUCACACCUUUUGCUGAACUGACUUACAGUUAGACAAUCCGUGGUUUAAAUGCACAUGAAAUGACCUAUAUUUUAUACUGUUUAAAUGUAUAGAGGAAAAAAAACAGAGUUUGUGUAACCCGCGGUCCCGUCGGUGCUUUUCGUGGAUAAAGUCGUGGUUUCAUCAAGUCUAACAGUCUUAUUUGUCUCAUGUUUUUAAAGAGAAGACUAAAAAUCAAUUUACUUGAACAAUAGACAAAGCCUUUCAUACGUACUAUUACUACUACCUUUUUUGUUUGGUUUAUUAUUUGUAUUUUUUUUCUUUCUUUUUUUUGUUUGUUUUGUUUAGUUUUUUGUUUUUUUUUUGAUAGGACUCCCUCUUUGCUAAAUUUCUUGUUGGGUAAUUAGCUAUAUAAAAAUUAUUAAAGUUUCAGUGUCAGCUUGUGAAGCAUCUAUGUCAUUAUAUUAUUUUAUUUCUAUUGUGGGAAACAAUAUUUAGAUGUGUUAUGUUGUUCAGCAAAAUGUGAUUUUUUUUUCUUAUAAAGAAAAAAACAAGAUGAGUGGAAUUUAGUGCCAAAUUCUGACGGUACAUCCUGCCUACAGCUUCAGUGUUUUACUUGUGAAAUUAUUUGAUAACAUGGGUAUUUUAUUACGUAAGUGUUUUGUAUGGAACCCUCAUAUUUAAAGAUAUAGAUUUAAAAAAGGUUGUUAACUUGCUCUUCUGUGGUCUUGUUGCCUGAAAAUGUUCAUGUUUUUUGCUUUUCUUUCUUUUUUUCUUUAUUUGUAAAGAUGUAAAAAGUGCCCAUGUGUCAUAAUCACUCUCACAAGCGCACACACACAUACACACACACACACACACACACACACACACAAACUCACAGGUAAGCACAUACGCAUGCACGCAUACACACACCUGUGCUAAAGGUUGACCUCACAACCCUCUUUUCUUUGACAGUGUGUGUAUGUGAGCCCCUGAGAUUGAGUCUCAGCAGUUCUCCUUAUACACACACACACACACAGAUUACGGGCCCUGUUACAACACAAAAGCCCCUAUUAGGAGCCAAAUUUCACAGGACAAGUGAACAAUUUGUGUGAUGGGACAAAAUACUGACGCAUUUAGGUGUUGAAAUUUUGACCAUCAUUCAUGAUAUUAUACAGGGCCAUCGCGACAGCCUCUUCACAAACCGAAUCAUCGAACAAAAGCUGAUCUGUGUUCCUCUACGUUAAAUUCUGAACGUCUCAGUGUAGUCUCGCUUCCUGCUGCCUUUAUCGGGACUAUUUUACGUUCGUAGAACAACCAAAACUCCGUCCUGACGCCAAAGUAGUUCAGCGUGAUCCGCAGUGUUCGAUAGCGCCUGUAGCACUUUGCUGUAAACGUUUACACAUCCUUCAAACGGCUCGUAAAAAAAAAAAUAUUGUUUACAAACGUAGUUUACAGGCAGCCCCCUUAAACCAGUUUACUUCACUCUAUAGCACUAUUUUAUACCCAAGCUCUGCCGUUGCCUUAACACGUUGAUCAGUAUUAAUGGGCUGGAAUACAUUGCUGCACAUUUAAAAUGUGUGCCAAGGGUGUGUGUGUGUGUGUGACUGUACAUGUGUGUGUGCUAUGAUUGGUUGUUAUCUGUCUAUUCGUUCACAAUAUUUCUAAUCAUUAGCCAAAACUGGAUCUGCAAAAAUUUGGGACAGUUACAAAAACAAAAACAAUAGGAACUCAUUCAUGAGACGAGAAUCAAAAAUUCGCCUACAAAUUCUGUAAAAUCAUUCUGAAGUGAAUGUCCAUAAAGAAUUCGUAUAAAUUGUUUGUAAACAUGAUUAACUCUUUCCCCAUCAUUGACGGAAAUUUCUAAGCACAAUGUAGUAUACAUUUUUUGACCUAUGAACAUAAUUAUAUAUUCCGAAAUUCACUCUUCUCAUGUUUCACGAAUGAGCCUUGGGCCGGAAAUACGUUUGCCUAUAAGUUACCCCCUUACACCGUGUCCUAACUACACACGACGGCGACGCGAUAAAAUUCCAGCGGCAGCAAGUGUGUCUGUCCACAGUAGACGCGACUGUGAGACGCCACACGUCAAUCAAAAAUCACAGCCAUUCAGAACAGCGUGUGGGCGGAGUCUCUCUGUGAAAGCGCACUGCUGACCCGCACUCGCAUUGGACAUAAUCAAAUCGAGAAAUAACAUUAAUAAAAAUCAAAACAUUAACAAAACAUACUCAUCGACUAAUUUUGUUAUGAAGUACAGUUGUACGUUUGCAUAGAAUUCAUUUUGAACGUUAUAUUAUAUGCUUUCAAAAUCUGAGGUAAAUUAUCCGUUAUCGCUUGUGGCACAGUGACCUAUUUUUAACUAAAAAUAAAUAAUGUGUACUUAUAACCAGUGUAAUAUCUCUGUGUGGGCGGAUCUGUCAGUCGCAGAAAUAGGAACAGUUUCUAAAUUAGAAACUUAACAGACGCCGUCGCGUCUGGUUAGGACAAAAACUCUUGAUUAACAUGGAAAAGAUUACUUUUAUUGUGUCGCGGCGUCACGUGUAGUUAGGACGAACGGUGCGGAUCCACUUGUCCGACACGACAGUCACGUGGUGUCGCGACGCCUCCCCACAUUUGUACUUUGAUGGGCGUUCCUCAAGUUUACCGCUAUGGGCGUGGUUUUGAGCCAGCGGCCAGUCUAGAACAGAGGACCUGCGAGAGACUUCCCGCUGUCUCCAUAUGCUCUACUUCUAUUGGAUAGUCGCGGCGCGUUCAACGGACUUCAUUUGCAUAAAGAUGGGCAACGGCCAGCUUUUUGACGUGCAGCAUUUUUCCAAAUGAAGCGCCGCCUUCCCGGGAUGCUUUGCGGGUGCGUUAAAGUCGCGUGACGUCACCCAUAGGAAUAAAGCGGAGCGUGUAAAUUAGACACUUUGCGUGUCGCCGUCGCGUCUGGUUAGGACAAAAACUCUGAUUAACAUGUGAAAGAUACCUUUUAUCGCAUGUCGCGUCACGUGUAGUUAGGACACAGUGUAAAUUAGAAACUUCGCGUGCCGCCGUCGCGUCUGGUUAGGACAAAAACUGAUUAACAUGGGAAAGAUACCUUUUAUCGUGUGUCGCAGCGUCGCGUCACGUGUAGUUAGGACAUGGUGUUAGCUUCAUAUUGGGAAGUUCGAGUCAAGUCAGGUUUAUGAUAUACUGCUCUCUUUGCCAAAUCGUAUAACCACUAGCACAAACGCAAAAGCACAUGCGCAUUAGCACAGCGUUAACACGCAGUAUUAAAACUGACGACUUCUUACGCACACCCAGUACAGCAGUCAAUGUCGACUUGUUGAAAGUGGAGAAUUGUAAUAAUGCAGAAUUUUAGUUUGGCCUCAUUUGAUUGGUUUGACUUGAUAUAUCACUCUAUAAUGAACUGCGGUGUUCGUAUACCACACUUCAUCACAAUCAACUUCGAGACUUCAGACAAACAGGGUAAGCAUUCACGGCCUGCAGUUUCACACACACACACAUUUGUUAGAUGUUUAGUAAAGCACAAGCUCACAGGGGUCCGCAGGAGUUCUCGCCGAGACUCUUCUCUCAGGGGUUUUACACACCGCACGCAUCUGAAAUCUGUUUGUUGUUUCUUUUGUUUCUUUCUUUCUCUUAAGUGCUAUUUAACAAGUGUAUUUUAAAGGAAAAAAAGAUGUGUAGUUUCUUUGCAUUUUGGCUUACGUCAAGUUUUUUGGAAAUGUAUGUGUUUAUCUAAUGUGCCGUAACAAAAGCUUGUCGUCUGUAGAUUAAUAUCAUUUCGUUUGAUUCUAAAAAGAUUUAAAUAGUUUUAAGUAUUGUCUUGAGAAAAGCCAAAGUCAAUGCAUUUCAGUGGAUUCUGUAAGCGUGAUACAUGUUUGUUUGACAACACUUUGAAAAUCUGUCAUUGGAUGGGAAUUUAAAAAGUACAAAAAAAGCAGGCUUUCCUAUUUCUAUCACUGAUUGUACUUAUGCCUUUUGUACCAGUGGAACUUUUUAUACUGGCAAUUAAAGGAAAAAAAAAAGAAAAAAAAAACUAUCCGACAGGCUGCGCGGCCCCAGCCAGGGGCCGACAGCGUCUGGUUCCCGAGUUUGAUUUCUAGUUGGCGUCCAGAACGUUAGGUUUUGAUAUAAAGAUUUUUUAGGAGAAACUUUGGCUUGGUAUCUUUAGCCUCCUCUUCUUUAUUCUUCACAUCGAUAUUUGCUUUCAUGUUUUCUUUGGUUCAUUUUCCUUUUUCGGAAAGAGGGUCGGGAGUUUUCCUUUUGGCUUAUAAAUACGUAAUGCGGUUUGUCUUUACAAAAGAGUCUUUACAACAGCGGUAAGUUUCAUUUAGUUAAGUAUUGUGCUGUCACCAUGAUAAAGACGAUUAGACGAUUUAGAAGUAUUUAGUCACCUUCAGUGGAUAAAUGUAUUAGUUUGACAAACAAGAUAAAAGUAAAUUUGAGGACUUUGCUUUUAGCUGUUUAGAUUUUUCUGGUUUCUCUGUCUUUGCUGUUAACCUAACUGUGUAGCUGGAACAGUCAGACUUAUUUUUGUAAAUGUAUGUUCUUGUGUGAUGCAGUUUUUUGCCUCUGUCUCCGAUAUUAAACCAUUUUUCCUAA